AUGUCAUCCUCCACGCACACUGGCGCUAAGGUAGCGGCCGGAUCCGCUGCCAAUACCGUGACCGGGCAGGCAUCGACGACCAGCAGCCCUGCUGAAAACACUGCCCACGAGGCCAACACCGGCACCUCCGACGACACGGAGGUCGCACGCCUGAUCCAAGAGUACGACAAAUACGACGGUACCUGCGACAUCAGUAGUUACGAGCUCGAGAUUGACGACGAAUACUUUCCCGACCUUGCCCUCAUCCAUCCCGACGAGGAGGAAUCUGGCCCACUUCAGAACCUUUUCAAUCCCGACGACCCCGCCAAUGCCGGCGCUACCCUUGACCAGCGUCGUCGCUACCUCCGUAGGCAGGAGUUGUAUGUCGGAGGUGGGUGCCUGCCGACUAUCGUUGAGGAGGAAAAAGAAGAAUCGGAGGUGGGGGAGGCCAGGGGUAGGAGGUGUUGA